CUGUCCAGCCGCGCUGUCCACCAUGCAGGGCCCCCGCGGGGGCACGGGCUCCCGGGGCCGGCCCCGGCUCAUCCUGCUGGCCUACGCGCUGGUCACCGUGGAGCUCACCUGUCUCUUCAUGCAGUUCUCGGUGGUGCCCUACCUGUCCCGGAGUCUGGGCCUGGACCCCGUGGCCUUCGGCUACCUGCAGACCACCUUUGGGGUCCUCCAGCUGCUGGGCGGGCCUGUGUUCGGCAGGUUCGCAGACCAGCGCGGGGCUCGCGCCGCCUUCACGCUGUCCUUCCUGGCGUCCUCCGUACACUAUCUGCUCCUGGUGGCCGCCUGCAGCCCGGCCCUGCCCGGCGUGGCCCUUCUCUUCGCCUCCCGCCUGCCCGCGGCCUUCAUGCACACGCUGCCAGCCUCCCAGAUGGUCAUCACGGACCUGACUGCGCCCGAGGAGCGGCCUGCGGCGCUGGGCCGGCUGGGCCUGUGCUUCGGGGUCGGCGUCAUCCUGGGCUCGCUGCUGGGCGGGACCCUGAGCUCCACGUUCGGGAUCCAGUGUCCAGUCUGGGUGUCGUUGCUGGCCAACAUGCUGGGGGUCGUCCUCAGCGUGACGAACAUCCCGGUCAGCACCAAGGAGGCCGGCCCUCACGUCGAGAAGGCCCCGCCAGGGGGACCGAAGGCCAGCGUGUUUGACCUGAAGGCCAUCAGCCGCCUGCUCCUGCUGCCCGGGGUGCGGCCACUCUUCCUGGUCAAGGUCCUGUCCGGCUUCCCCUCAGGCCUCUUCAUGGUCAUGUUCUCCAUCAUCGCCAUGGACUUCUUCCAGCUGGAGGCCGUCCAGUACGGCUACCUCAUGUCCUUCUUCGGGGUUCUCCAGAUGGUCAUCCAGAGCCUGGUCAUUGGGCGGCUGAGCCAGCGCUUCUCGGAGGAGGCACUGCUGAGGGCCAGCGUGCUGGUCUUCUGUGUGGUGGGCCUGGCCAUGGCGCUGAUGUCUAGCAUCACCCACUUAUGCCUCCUGAUGCCCGGCAUGGUCUUCAGCCUGUGUGCCCUCAAUGUGGUGACCGACAGCCUGCUGACCCAGGCCGUCUCGGCCAUGGACACAGGCACCAUGCUGGGCCUCUGCGCCUCCGUCCAGCCGCUGACCCGCAGCCUGGGCCCGACUCUGGGGGGCCUCCUCUACCGGACCUGGGGAGUCCCCGUCUUUGGCCAUGUGCAGUUUGCGGUCAACUUCCUGGUCCUCCUGGUGCUGUGGAUGCGGCCCCUGUCCCUGAAGACGGGCAAAGCACGGUGACCGGGAGUGUCGCAAUAAAGCCAAAGCUGUG